AUGGAGCAGAAGAUCAGCUCUUUUUUUAAUUCAAUCUUGGAACUCAUCCGUACCAAGCAUGAAGAAGGUAUCUUCAACACUGUCUGCCUGGUUGUGCUUUUGGGUCUGCCCUUUGUUGUCCUCAUUGCCUUCAUUUUCAUCUGCUGCCACUGCUGCUUUUGCAGCCGGAGGAGAGAAAGAAGGAAGAAAGGUGGCCCCAGUAGCAAUGGGCAGCUGCAUGCAGAGAGGAACAAGAAGAAAAAGAAGAAGAAGAAGAAGGAUGAAGAGGACCUGUGGAUCUCAGCCCAGCCCAAGCUGCUUUUGCUGGACAAGAGACCCUCCUUGCCCAUCUAG